AUGGAGGAUGUGUUCAGCUCAGCGUAUUUAACAAUCGCAGCCACUGCAUCUAAGUCGUCCUUGGAUGGAUUUCUACUCCAUCAAACUCGAAGGUCUACCAUUGGUAUUCAGACCUCACAGGGAAUUCUCUAUCUGGCCGAAGCCAUUGAUAAUUUCCAGGCAGAUGUUGAGAGAGCCAUCUUGAACACACGUGGUUGGGUCCUCCAGGAACGAGCGUUAUCACGGCGAACCAUACACUUUACCGCUACUCAAGUGUAUUGGGAGUGCGGAGAGGGUGUCUGUUGCGAGACACUAGCUAAGCUUGGAAACCGACAAUCACAGUUUCUCGGCGACUCCAACUUCCCAACGUACGGACUCCAGCACUACAAAGACGAACGUAUCCGACUCGUACAAUACCUUUAUCGAGUCUACAGUGGACUUAUACUCACGAAGUCUUCUGACCGCUCAAGGGCGAUCCUCGGACUGCAAACACGCCUAAGCUCCACAUUCAAAUCGAAAGCCAAGUACGGUAUCAUCUCGGCAUAUUUCGAGAGAACCUUUCUCUGGCAAGCGACCAUCUCAGGUUCUAUGUCAAAAAUCAACUACGAACCGAAUCAUACAGUUCCUUCAUGGUCAUGGAUGGCGGUCAUCGGAAGAAUCCAAUACAUGGAAAUUCCGUUUGGCGGAGUGGCGUGGACGGGCGAUGUUGAGACACCGUUUCAGCCAGGCUUUGAUGAUGCCAAAUGGGAUGGACGACUGGUGGCCAAGGCAAGGCGACUUGCGAUUGAAGAUGCCGAGUUUGAUGAGAAGUGCCAGGUCGAUUCGAGUCUUUACAAGUUCGACCCAAGUUGUUGGAAGUGCGUGGUUGUUGGGAAGAGUAAGGUUGCCAACGAGGCCGGCGACAAGAACCAGUAUGUUCUGCUUAUACGCGAGAGGUCAUCCGGCGUGACACCUUCUGUUUACGAACGAGUUGGUGUGGGUAUACUAUUGCAGACUCAUGUUGGUGUGGAGACUACCAUAGUUCACAUUAUAUGA